AUGGGACCUAGAGGUGGUCGAGGUCGAGGUCGAGGUGGUGGGCGUGGGCGUGGGCGCGGCGCACCUCGUGGUCGGGGACGAGGCCGAGGUGGCCGACAGCUUACCUUUCAUACCUCUCGAGUAGAGGAGAAGUUGGAGUCUGACUCUGAGGGACCUGAAGAGUAUGAAGAAGAGCCUAGUGAGAGUGAAGAAGAGCAGGAGGAACUGCUCUCCGAGGACUCCAGUGACGACGAAGAGGCCGAUAAGAAUGCGAUUCGUCCUUAUAAUGCUCUCAUACAAUCGUUGAAUGCGAAUAAGCCAAAGAAACCAGAGAACAAGAAGAGGAAAGCGGAAGAGACUGAUGGGUUGACUGCCGAACCAGCAGAGAGCAAGAAGGCCAAACCGGACGAAGAACCAAGCGACGACGAAGAAGCCGACGUGGAUCAGGUUGACGAGCCCGAGGAGGCAGGAGACGAGGCAUCGAUCGCUGAGGAAGCAGCAGAGAUAGACGACGAAGAUGAUGCUUCGGAUUCGUACGAAGUACACUUUACAAACUGGCAAGAAAAGGAUGUCGCAGCAAAGAUCAAAUCCAUUUCCGAAAAUAAAUGGAAAACGGAAAAGGGGUACUACAAUAAUGUGGGACGAUCUGUAUUGUAUUCGCCCUCAACGGACGGCCCGUCGACGGCGUCCAGAUCGAGAAUAUCAAGUACGAAAGAUCUCAAGAUCAAAAAACGACUACAACAUACUGCACAGGAAGCAUUCCCUGGAUUUGGUGCUUUGGAGCAAGCUCUAGCCUCUCACAUCUUCAAUUACCAAGAUAUCUUCUUUUGCGCACGCUCCGUCGAAAAUGCCGAGACACUACGCAAGCUCAGUUGCCUUCACGCAUUAGAUCUCAUCUUCAAGACCCGCGACCGCGUUAUCAAGAACAACGCGCGCCUAGCCAAAGUCUCCGACUCCGAAGAACUAGAACUGCGCGACCAGGGCUUCACCCGGCCCAAAGUCCUCAUGAUCCUACCCACACGGCAAUCCUGCGUGCGCUUCGUUGAAACCAUUGUCCAACUCUGUUCUCCCGAGCAGCAAGAAAACCGUAAACGGUUCCAAGACAGCUACGUGCAAUCCGAAGACACAUUCUCCGCCGACCGGCCCGCCGAUUUCCGCGAACUCUUCGAGGGCAACGACGACGACAUGUUCCGGCUGGGACUCAAAUUCACGCGCAAGACGAUCAAAUACUUUUCGCAAUUCUACAACUCGGACAUCAUCUUCGCGAGUCCGCUGGGCCUGCGCAUGGCCAUUGGCGCCGAAGGGUCCAAGAAGCAAGACUUCGAUUUCCUGUCCUCGAUCGAGCUCGCCAUCAUCGACCAGGCCGACGGCCUACUGAUGCAAAACUGGGAACACGUCGAACACGUCCUCGCACACAUGAACCUCCAACCCAAGGAAGCGCACGGCUGCGACUUCAGCCGCGUGCGCAACUUCUAUCUCGACGGCCACGCCAAACAUUUCCGCCAAACCAUCCUCUGUUCCCCCUUCAACACCCCCGAACUCAACUCCAUUUUCAACCACAACAUGCUGAACAUUGGCGGCAAACUCAAAAUCACCAGGGACUACGACGCCCCCGGCACUACCACGCUCGAUCUCAACGGUCUCUCCAUCAAACAAACCUUUUCCCGCUUCGAUUCUAAAUCCCCCGCCACCGAUCCCGACGCGCGCUUCGAAUACUUUUCCACCGCCAUUGUCCCUUCCAUUGCGCGCCAGGCCAGACUUGCAUCAUCCUCUUCCUCUACCUCCCGUCGUGAAGGCGCACAAGGCGGUAGCGGUGGAGGGCUAGGCAUGCUCGUUUUCAUCCCCAGUUAUCUCGACUUUGUCCGCGUGCGCAACUUCUUCGCCACCUCCCCCACCACGUCGCAUAUCUCCUUUGGUUCCAUUUCCGAAUACACCCCCGUGCGCGACGUCGCGCGGGCCCGCAGCCACUUUCUGAGCGGCAGACACUCGGUCCUCUUGUACUCUGAACGCGCCCACCAUUUCCGACGAUUCCAUUUGCGCGGCGUCAAUAAGGUCGUCUUCUACGCGCCCCCUGAUAACCCCUUGUUCUAUAGAGAAGUCGCCGGCGCAUAUAUCGGUGCGAGUGUUGCCGAGGGCAGAGUCGAUACUGCCGAGGCUAGUGUCAGAGUGGCCUUUUCGAAAUGGGAUACCUUGCGCCUGGAAAGGAUCGUGGGCACCAAGAGAGUCGCGAGUAUGGUGCGAGAAAAGGGCGGAGAUACGUUUGAUUUUGUAUGA